UUUUGGGGAGGGUUAUUAACAAAAAGAAAACAAUCUCGAUGGAUUUAUUCAACAAGAUAUUCACCUUACAGAUUUUGCUGUUUGCAGCUGGAAAUGAGUGGAACCUGACAGUAACACAAUCCCCAUCUCGCCUCAAUGCAGUGGAAGGAGACACGGUUACCCUCAUGUGUCACAUUGUGAGCAGCAGCUUAGACAUGAGAAUAGAAUGGUAUAAAAUAUGGCAGAAGGCAAAGACAUCACUGCUCACCUCCAAAUGGAGUAAGACUAUGUAUUACUUUUUAACUGAAAGAAUGAAGCAUACUUUCAAUGAAACAUGCAGUUUACUGACUAUCUUUAAUGUGACACUAAACGAUACUGGACAAUAUAUCUGUCAAGCAAGCAUCGAGAUUCCACCACCUGUGUUUACAAUAUCUGGCAAUGGGUCUUAUCUGCACGUACAAGAUACCUCAGAGGAUUCAAAAUCAAAUGCAGGCGUCGCAAUGUGGAUCUUGAGUGGCUUGUUAUCAGUUAUUGGACUGCUGAUGUCAGUUUGCAGUUUGUUUUUGAUCAAAAGAUUGCUGUGUCGCAAAAAAGAGGAUCCUACGUACGUCAAUGUGCAAUUUAGAAAUAAAGCAGGCAAAAACAGUUGGCUCACAGAACAACGAAACCUAAGGUAUGUAACCUCAGGCAGAUGUGGAUAUCCUAAAGCCACUCCAUCUAAGUCACCGCACAGACUGGAAAGAGACCUGAAAUGAAAUAAGUUUGAAUAUCCAUAGAUAACAUAAUCUGAGAUAUUCAAAAUACUGGGAAACAACAUCUUUUGAUGCCGUGGAUGACAACUUGAACACCCAUCUGGAGUCACAGGAGACGGCAGAUAAUGGAAUGUGGAGCAACACACAAGACCCCAGAGGGAUUCAUUGGGUCAUGUAGCCUUUUUGGAGAAAAAUGGACAGUUGAUACUUCAGAGUGAGACUCUUCAACUGUACUGCCUGAUGUGUGAAUAAUGUGGUGUUAUGCGCCUAUGGUGAGGUCUGUGAUAUAGGGUUAGAGUUGUGGGCAGAGAUGAAGACUCUUCUAGUUUCACUGAGAGAGAUGGAGAAGGUAUAGUGAUGUUUACCCUAUGGCUGCGUUCUUCUGUGAUUAUCGCCAAGAUUGUGAUCACCAGGUUUCCUGUUUCUUAUUGUGAUUGUUUAUCUAAGAACCAUUAUAUCUUUUGUUUAGAACUGCCUGUAAAGGAGCUGUUCUUUGGGAGGUACAUCCUCCAGUCUGUACUAGAAAAUUAUAUCAAAUAAUGUAAUUAAUGUGAACUCACUCAAGAAGCUGUUUCACUCUGUCCACCAGGAUUGGGCUCAGUUGUGAUAUUCAUUGAGAUGGAGCACAGAAUAUGUCCUUUUUGGCCUUCAAGCUGUGCCACCCAGCAUCCCUCGAGUUACCCAUAGCCUAAUCACAGGACAAUUUACCGUGACUGCGGGAGGAAACUGGAGCAUCUGAA